AUGGCUCCGGACCGGACCGGCUACGAGAAUAGAGGUGGGACGAGGCGUGUCAAGCUUCAAGACAAGCCUUCAGGGUCGAUUUCCGAGGGCGUGUCGAUACCCGCGCUGGUCGAGCUGUACUCUGCCUGUCGGUGUCUCUACUACCAGCAUGCCAUUGAUCGAUGCGCAUCCUACGGCAGGCGAGGCCAUUGCAUCCAGCAGCGGACCAUCUACGUCGGCUAUGCUUGCAGUGCCCACACUGCUCGCAGCGGCCAGCAUGCGGGAUCCCGGCAAUACUCAGAAUCGGGCCAUUACAACUCGCGAUCCAACACCAAGAGCCACCGAUGA